AUGGCGGCCGACGGAGGCGGAGGCCCGGGUGGCCGGCGGCCGCGCGGACCUCCGUGGAGUCUGCGGGCUCUGCUCCUCUUCCUGACCGGCCUUCGGCCGAGCAUCGCCGCCUCUUCUUCGGUCUCCUUGGGCGGCGGCUCCCACUGCCAUCACCGCGUCCCCUCCGCUGAUGAGGUCAUAUACAAGGUUCAUCUUAAAACAAAUCAUAUCCUGAAGAGGGAUGUUGAUCAGCAUUUAAGAAUUAAGAUUGUUUACGAUAAAAGUGUUGAAGAGUUGCUUUCUGAGAAAAGACACCUUUUAAAGAAUAAACUUUUUCCACAAGCUAUUUCAUAUUUGGAGAAGACAUUUCAAGUUCGUAGACCUGCUGGCCCUAUCUUGCUUAGCAGACAAUGUGCAACGAACCAAUAUAUAAGAAAGAAAAAUGAUCCCCACAGAUACUGUAAAGACUCUUGUGCCGAGCAUACCAAGUGUGGUCCCAUCCGAGUGCCUGAAGAACAUCUUCAGCAAUGUUGGGUUUGUAGUGAGUCUGAACGGAUGGGUAGAUCAUCAGGCAACGAAGGCAUUAAGGACGCAGACUUUGUGCUCUAUGUUAGUGCUCUAACCACUGAGAGGUGCAGCCAAGAAAAUAUCAUUGCUUAUGCCGCCUAUUGCCAGCAGGAAGCAGAGAUGGACAGGCCAGUAGCAGGAUAUGCUAACCUAUGUCCAAAUAUGAUUUCUACUCAACCUCAGGAAUUUAUUGGAAUGUUGUCCACAGUGAAACAUGAGAUUAUUCAUGCCUUGGGUUUCUCUGCCGGGCUUUUUGCGUUCUACCAUGAUAAAGAUGGAAAACCUCUGACUUCAAGAUAUGCAAGUGGUUUACCGCCUUUUAAUAGCAGUCUUGGAUUGUAUCAGUGGAGUGAUAAGGUGGUUCGAAAACUGGAGAGAUUAUGGGAUGUUCAGGGUAGUAAGAUGAUACCGCACAGUGUGUUUCUUCUCGUAACACCUCGUGUUGUUGAAGAAGCUCGGAAACAUUUUAAUUGUCCCAUUCUGGAAGGAAUGGAACUUGAAAAUCAAGGUGGUCUAGGCACUGAGCUGAACCACUGGGAAAAACGAUUAUUAGAGAAUGAAGCAAUGACUGGCUCUCACACACAGAAUCGAGUCCUCUCUCGAAUAACCUUAGCAUUAAUGGAGGACACAGGCUGGUAUAAAGCCAAUUACAGCAUGGCUGAGACCUUAGACUGGGGCCGUGGUAAGGGAUGCGACUUUGUCAUGAAGAGUUGUAAAUUCUGGAUUGAUCAGCAAAAACAAAAGAGACAAGUGUUAGCCCCCUAUUGUGACACACUCAGAAGUAACCCAUUGCAGCUAACCUGCAGACAAGAUCGGAGAGCAGUCGCCGUGUGUAACCUGCAGAAGUUCCCCAAGCCCUUGCCCCAGGAAUAUCAGUACUUUGAUGACCUCAAUGGAAUACCUGUAGAAGAUUUGCCUUAUUAUGGUGGCUCUGUGGAAAUUGCUGACUACUGUCCAUUCAAUCAAGAAUUCAAUUGGCAUAUAAGUGGUGAAUUUCAGCGCAGUUCGGAUUGUAGAAUACUGGAAAAUCAACCAGAACCUUUCAAAAACUUCGGUGCUGAAAAAUAUGGACCUCAUUCAGUAUGUCUAAUCCAGAAAUCUGCAUUUGUCAUGGAAAAGUGUGAAAAGAAGCUCAGUUAUCCUGACUGGGGGAGUGGAUGUUAUCAGGUUUCUUGUUCUCCCCAAGGCUUGAAAGUUUGGGUCCAGAACACCACAUACUUGUGCAGCCGGGCCGGUCAGGUCCUCCCUGUAAGCAUUCAGAUAAACGGCUGGGUACAUGAUGGGGACCUUCUCUGCCCACCAUGUUGGGACUUCUGUGAACUCUGCCCUCCAGAAACAGAUCCUCCAAUUUCUAAUUUCACGAGGGCUUUACCACUGGAUCUCUGCUCCUGCUCCUCCAGCCUGGUUGUUACGCUCUGGCUGCUGCUGGCUAACCUGUUUCCUCUCUUGGCUGGAUUCCUUCUGUGUGUUUUGCAUUAGUGGUCAAAAGAUGAAUCCCAGAGAAUCUCUUUCACGUUGUUGUUCCUCUUGGCCAGAGCACACAACUUAGACAGGGGCCAACCUGCGAAAAAGGCCGAAGACGCAGUUAUGACUUAAGCUUGGAAACUGCUGAUCACAGCCAGACCUUGAAGCCAUCUCUGCACACCCAGAGCUUUGAUCAGCCAAGCUUUGAGAAGAAGAGGGAUGUUAUCAGUUGCCAAGGCCAUUCGUGUUUUAGGACCAGUGAUCAUCCUUGAUGGUUUUCUUGAAUUCCUUUGAAAUGGCCUUGGGGUGACCAAUGAAUCAUCAGACUCAUUAUAUACCUCAGUGUUUGCUGUCGGAAAUCACGGACAAGUUCAGCUGCCAGCACCACAGCUGAUUGACUGCCCAUCAGCAGGUCGUUGCAGAAUCCUAAAUUCUAUUGAAUCCUGUAGAGUUUUUCAAAAUUGUGAACUCUCAUUUGACUUAUGGGUCUUUGGAGUUUCAUGCUGUUCAUGGGACCCUCCUGUACAUCAUUGUACUGGAAGUUAGUUCAAUGGCAUUGCUUUAUUUAAGCAAUUUCAUUCUGUAACUUAAUCACACCUACCUUUUUCAAAUAGUAGCUGAACUGCACUGUGUUUAUCUAGUACUCCUGAUGAUAGGUUCUGUUUGGGGUUUUUUUGACAGACUUUUCCCAGCAGUAUCUUUUCUUAUUAACCUUUGGAAUCUAAUAUUCAAUCACAGCCCAUUUGUGUUCUCAAUUAGGUCAUAGUUUAAUGACUUCUAGGGGAAAAAAAAUUUGUGAAAGAGUAAGCACUACUAAGACACUAAGACAGCUACUCGUUAUGAUGAGCCCUGAGAACAUGACCACAGAAGGGAAGGGAAGACCCAGAGGUUUUUCAGGCAGGAACGUUGAUAUCUCUAGUCCUAACAAUAACAGAAAGUUCUCAUUGUGGCCCAGGCCAGCCAGGGUUAAAGAAGCCUUUUCACAGGGGUAGGGAAAGGAGUUACUGCCUGAGAAUUACAUGGCUGGCCCCAAGUGACCUUGGACGGGAAGACAAAGCAAGCCAAGCACAGCAUGCACAGUGUUUUGGGUUGUCUGACAGGUAUUAAGCAUCCCUCCCCAGCAUCACAGCUCCAAGGCUUUUUGCCUGAGAACGCAGACGUGGGGAGGCUCCUUUAGCAUUUUUUCAAGGUCUCACCCCUGAGCUUCAGAAUCUCCCGUCCCAUCAGGAGGGGACAGUUUCUGCUUUGUAGCACCAAGUCUGGGUCCUGGCACAAUCCAGUUCACUUCAGGACCUGUUGAUUAUGUGCAAGGUGGUCUUGGUAGACAUUGGAAAUAGAGAGGCAAACACAAAACAGCCCUUGUUCUCUCCAGAGAGUGCAUGCAUCCUACCUGCUGGUUGGAAAGAGAGAGAAUAUGACCAAGUAUUAAUAAUACAAUACAAACCACGGGUGUAUGAGAGCAAAGAAGGAAUCCAGUCAUGCUAAUUUACAAUAGCUUUGACAGUCUACAUCAAUAAGUCUUAGCUGGGCAGUGCAUGUCCUUAAUUUGUAUAUUAAAGCCAAGAAAUAAGUGACACCCAGUCUGAAGAAAGAGUAUUUUGGGGGGGGGGGCAAUUGGGGUUAAGUGACUUGCCCAGGGUCACACAGC